AUGGGCAAGAGAUCCAGAAUAACUGUGCGAGACUACGCCGAUCACGUCAAAUUCGAAAACUUCGUGUGCCACUGGGAUCCCGCUGGAGCCUGGAACCGCGUUUACGGUGGUAAGAAAUCGAAUAGCAUGGGCUUCUUUGUCACCGAGAAUAUGAAGACCUCGGGUGAAAAGCCGGUUUGCCGCGUGCGAGUGAAGCGCGGAAGCUCGGUUGUGCUUGGAUUUGACAUGCCUGGGGAGGAUCAGCCGAGCAACGAGGACGUGGCUCGUGAGCUGAAGAGCCAGACUUCCGCUUAG